AUGGCGGCCUACGAAGACCAGCACGUCCACCAGGUCUAUGAUAAAAUAGCUUCCCACUUCUCGGCCACAAGAUACAAGCCGUGGCCGAUAGUCCAUGAAUUUCUCACCACCCUCCCACCGGGCUCCGUCGGCAUCGACGUCGGCUGUGGUAAUGGGAAAUACCUAAACAUCAAUCCCAAUGUUUUCAUCGUUGGCUCCGAUAGAUGCGAAAACCUUGUCAAAAUAGCCAAAGACCAAGCUCCCACGCAGGACGUUGCUACCGCUGAUAUUCUAUCACAACCUCACAGGCCGUCUUCAUUCGACUUCGCCUUGAGUAUAGCUGUUAUUCAUCACCUCUCAUCGCCGGAGAGAAGGGUGGAGGCCAUCGCCUCUAUCCUGGAGCUUCUGAAGCCUGCUGGUGAAGGGAAAGCCCUAUUGUAUGUAUGGGCACUCGAACAGAAGAAUUCCCGGCGAGGAUGGGAUGAAAACUCCGAGCAGGAUGUUUUAGUACCCUGGGUUCUUACGAAGCAGUUUAAAGAACCGUCGAAGAAGAAGAAAAUUGGCGAUAGUACUGAAUCUGAGUCCACCUCCGGGCCAUCGACGGAGAAUACAGAAACUUCAGCGGACAACGAGGAAUCAAAACCGUUUCUGAGAUACUAUCACCUCUACAAACAGGGAGAACUCGAAGAUAACGUAAAAUCAGCAGGAGGAAAUGUUCUAAAUUCAGGAUAUGAGAAGGACAACUGGUGGGCUAUCGUCGAACGAACCACAUAG